AUGAAAGAGCGACUGUCGACGUCGUCAGAUCUCCAGAGCGAUGCCCUGGCGACCCCGCAGGAGUACCGGGGCACCGAGCCGCUCGAAGAGACUCGCGACGACUUUAAUUUGUUCUACCCCGACGACGCCGCCAAGCGCAAAAAGCCCCCCACCACCGCUGACAUCGAGAAGAUGGUCGAGCAAGGCGACGACGACGAGGAGACGAUGCUCCACAACAUUUCUCCCCGGGUGCGCAUCCCGUUCUGGCACAAAGUUAAGGACGCGGUGUGGCCGUCAUAUCUCAUCAACCAUAUAUUCGAUUACCCGUCAUUUCGGGUGGUGUUCCGAACGUGGGCGGCGUCGUUUGUCGGUACCAUUCUCAUGGCGGUGGUGCCGCUGUUGAAGUGGCAAGGGUCGGCGGCGUUUAUGCUCCACAUCACGGUGUUUCUCAAUCCCCCCGGGGGCGGGCUGAUCAUCUGGGUGUUUUUGAGUCUGGUGCUGAUGUGUGCCUACUGUUGCUACGUGUGGGCCCACAUCAUCAUCGCCCAGGCCAUCAGUCAGGCCAUCAAAGGGUGGAAGCCCAAGGAGUACUAUAUCCAGCUUGCCAUCGAGCGCGGGGUGUGCUCGGCGUCGAUGGCGAAACAGGAGUUGUCCAAUUGCAUCACCAACUACACCUACACCGGGGCGUACCUCGACGCUCGCCAGACGGUGAUCUUCGUCAUUGCCACCGUGUUUGCCCUUGUAGGUAUCCGGCUCUCGGAACCCAUCCACGUGCUUUGCAAGUUGGGUAAGGUCAUGGCGACGAUUAUGAUCGCCGUGCUUUUCUGUUACACCAUCUUCAUCCCCUAUUGGGACCCGAACAGUAUUGCCAAAACGAUAUUUAAACCCAUGGGGCUCAUGUUUGUCAUUAAUACCAUCUGCGCCUUCAUCUUCUUCCCCGAGACGCUGAACUUCCAGUACUUUAAGUCCCAAUCAGAGGUGCUUCAGGGUCUCCGGGCCGCCAGUGCCAACAACUUGCGGUUAGUGCAAACGCUUAAACCGUCGGAAGACUCGUUUGUCAACUACGCUCAUCUUGCCAAGGACGUGAUUGGCCUUCGGGGGAAGUUGGCGAUGCUGGAAGUGCAAGCAUCGGUGAUUCCCUUCGAAAUCUCUUACGGACGGUUCGACAGAGGUGAUGUCGGUGAAGUGCGACUGGCGGUUAACGUCGUCAUUUCGUCGUUAGCCGGGUUUGAAUUCUUCUACGGGUUAUUUGAAGAGCGUAAAGAAUUCACCAGAAACCAUUUCGGCGGACGUCGCAGCUCGGUGGCCACCGCCGACUCUAAGUUGUACUCGACCAUGGAUGACUACAAGAAAGCCGGGGGAUUUGAAGCUAGUGUGAGACGCAGGCAAAUCCAGAAGCGGAUGAACGACAUCAGCCCGAACCACCAGGUGACGCUCGCCGACUUGGACCUCAUUGCCAAGUUCAUCACCGACAACCUCACCCCGAUUCUUGUCACUGCCGACACCGCGCUUGAACUGGCGGCGAAAUGGCUUAACGACGCCAACCACUUCAGAAUUUACUCUCGUCUCCACGGCUGGAAGAAGAAAGUCGCCCUUCAACAAGAGAAUGCCGCCCGCAUCGUCAAGUGCCGGCAGGAGAUCGAGGAAGCGCUCAAGCAACACGAAGCCCAACACGAAUACUUCCAGGAACUACUUGAAGCCACCAAUGUUGGUGACGAGGCCCUUUUGUGUAUGAUCAACCAGCUGUCGUCGUUCCUCCAGUCGACGAAGCAGUUGUGUAAGGCGCUCUUCUACAUGCUUCUGGUGUUUGAGGGCAUUGACCAAACCCGGCCCACCCCGAAAGUGAUCACUUACUUAACUCGGCCGAAGCACGACCCUGCCACCCACUUGUUCCGUAACCACGUCACCGUCGAGGAAGAGUAUCCCCUGGAGUUCACGUCGCGAGUGCAGCAGAGAGACCCCGAUAACUACCCUCCCGUGAACAACUUCCAACGCUUCUGGAAGUUUGCGAUCAACUUCUACAAGAAGUACAUCUUGAGUAAGCGGCUCUGGACGUGUAUUUACGGGGCGCUUUUCGUGAUUGCCUCGGCAUCGCCAUUUUUCUUCAGAAACUCGGCAGGGUACUAUUUUAAGGAAAAGAUUCUUUGGGUGGUGGUGAUGACAGGGUUGUCGCUUACCGACAACACCGGGGUCACCUGGUACAAUUUUGGCGCCAAAGUAUCAUAUUCCGUGGUUGGGUGUAUCACCGGGAUGGUGAUGUGGUAUAUCUGUUGUGGCAACAGUUUUGGCUUUGCCGCCGUGUGUGGGGUAGUGUUUGCCUUCUUGCUGUACUACCGUCACUUCAGUAAGCAUGAGCUGAUAAUCCCGGCGCUUUUGUGGCCAGUGACGGCGUCGUUGGUAUUGGGGGCGUCGUGGGUCGACUAUCACGGUAAUCUUUUGGCCAACAUUGGUUGGGGGUGGCGUCCGUUCGUCAUCAGACUUAUUUGUGUCGUGGUGGGUUUGGUACUUGCGGCACUUCUGUCGUUGUUCCCGACGCCGUUGCUGAGUAAAGUUAUGUUGCGUAACAUUCUCUCGAAGACGGUGGACGAUUUCGGUAACCUUCAGUGUCUUGUGGCCAAAUUUGCCGAAAACCGUGCGCGGGAUCCCACGGUUGUCAUUAAAAAGCGGCACGACUUCGUCACCCAAAAGUUGCGCCAGGUGUUGUUGCGAUUGCUGAGAUCGCAACAAUUGACCAUCGGGUUGCAGCACGAGUUGCCCCUCAUCGGUUACUGGCCGGACUCGAAGUACAAGCGGUUGACCAAGUUGAUUACCGAGAUUGUCCUGUUGUACAACUUGAUCUACCAGCUCUUUGGCGAGUUCGACGACCCCGAGAAGAUGAUCCCGACAGCAUUCAAACGGUUGGGCUGGGAUCUGACGGACUUCUUGGCCAACUUGUUUGCCAUCGUGCAAAUGUGUGCCGAGGCGUUGCACGACGGGGGCGCCCUUCCCCGGGUGACCCAAGCGACGUUAGCUCUCAAGCACAUGGAGCUUUUGCUCGACCAAUGGGGUACGCGCCAGCUCUCCUACUCUGAACGGUGGUACAACGACCCCGAAAUGACCCCUGACGAAGAAGAGAGCCGCGAAGAUUCCAUUAUUCAGAAGAUGCCGUCGGCGAUGAAGAACUUCGACUACUCGCGUUUCUUCAGCCACGACGGCCAGUGCGCCAUCAACAUCUUGUUGUAUGGCCACAUCAUGUACUCUGCCUACGACGAGAUGGUGUCGAUCAUCAAGAGUCUUGUCGGGGAGAAGUACGACUACUCAGAAAACUUGUUGUUCAGUGGCGAUGACCUGAGCAGCUUCCACGCGAAAGUCCAGUAA